AUGAUGACACUCACACACCCCGUCCCCGCAUUCUACCGUCUCAUCUUCCUCUGGCUGGAGCCUGCCUCCAUCUUCACCGGCGCCUUCUAUGCACAAUUCAUGCAGUCCGACUACCUGCACCUGACGCACGCAUCUAGUGCUCCAGGCUCCUCGGUCCCAAUCUCCACAAGCAUUGUCCUGACGCAGCUUGCGAAUCUCUAUCUAGGCCUGGGGCUCCUCGAAGCAUUGGUACUGCGUGCCACCUCGGAGCUGAGAGUCUGGAGGACAUUUCUGUUCGUUCUGCUAGUUGCUGACAUUGGGCACCUGUACUCUGUGGCUGCUGUGGGGAAUUGGGUCUAUUGGGAUUAUUCACGCUGGAACUCGAUUGAUUGGGGGAAUGUGCCAUUCGUGUACUUCCUCGCCCUCACGCGGAGUCUCCUGCUGCUCCGUGUGGGCUUCAAUCGCACCUCUGAUGUCAAGAAGCGCGUGUAA